AUGAGUCAUAAAGAAAGAGAACAUCGCGACAAAGUAUUUGAUUCGGUAUUUAGUUCACAGAUAAAAUCAUUACCAAAGAAUAAAAUUAUGAAUAUUGGAGUUAUUGUGAGAAAUAUAAUACAAUCAACUAAUGUUCCUUAUAAAAUUAGUACAAUUGAUGAAUGUUGUAGUAUGUCCACAGUUAGUUAUUAUGCAAUAAUUAAUGGUCAAAAAACAGGUGAACCAAUUUGUGAUCGUAUUGGUUUAAAACUAUUUGAAAAUAGUGCUGUUUAUGUUGUGGCUGAUGGUUGUGGAUGGGGAACAGCUUCAUGUAAAGCUGCAGAAAUAGCAAUAGAUUCAGUUUUUAGUACAAUGAAUUGUUUAACUAAAUGUGAAAAUGUAAGAGAUGUUGGUGAAUUAGAAUUAAAAGCAGUAAAAGAGGCUAAUGAAGCAAUUCUUAGAUCUGAUUCAAGUUUAUUAAAUAUUGGAACAACAACAUUAUUAAUUAUUGCAAUAGUUCCAUUAGAAACAGGAAGUUAUAAUGGAAUAUAUUGUAGUAUAGGUGAUUGUAGUGCAUAUAAUUAUAAUAGUGAAUCACAAGAAGUUAAUUUAUUAUGUGGAAAAAUACUUUCGAAAAUUGGAGAAACAAGAAACUGUGGGGGUAAAUUAGGCAGUACUGAAAAUUAUAUUCCAGGGGUAGUUGAUGGUGUUUUAGGUAAAAUUGAAUUAAAAGAAAAUGAUAUUAUAAUGGUAAUGACUGAUGGAAUUCACCAUAACUUAAAUCCUUAUUUCAGAAAAAUGUUGUUUACUGGUUCUGCUGAGAAAAAAGGAUGCCAGUUAUUAAAAAAUUUUAUUGAAUCGAGUGUUACAUUUUCUGAUAUUACAGAGAACGUACUUAAAGAUGUUUAUGAUUUAACACAACCUUCAAGAAUAUUUCUAAAAACUCAUCCAAAAACUAAACUUCCAGAAAGCAUGGCAGGAAAAUUAGACCAUGCUUCUUUUGGUUGUAUUCGUGUUGGUAGCUGGAUUAACAAAUACAACUCAUUAGUUAGUACUAUUACCCCUCCUUUUUUUAAUGAUCUCGUUUCAUCUCCUUGGAUUCAACACACUUUCUUCCAUCAAAUUAAACCAAGUGAACACAAUUCUCCAUUUGUUUCUUCUCCUUUAGAAAGUCACUCUGCUCGAGCUAGAAGUAUUUCUCCAAAAACAAUAUAUUCUCCAACUAUACCAACUGAACAUUAUUCUUUUUCUCCUAAAGACCCUCAUUAUUUUGCAUUUAAUAAAGCAUCACCAAAUAGACAUUUCUCCCCUUUGUGUCACUCUUUUGGUUUACCAAUGAAUUGUUCACAAUUAUCUGAUAUUUCUAGAAGAAAGUCUUCUAGUUCUGAAAGUCUUUCUCCUGAAUUUUUUGAAAUAAAUAAAGCACCGUCAAGAAGACGAAGUAAAGAUUCAAAGACGUCGAGUUUCUUUGAAUUUUUUACUUGUCAAAAUGAAGAAUUAACUGAUGGUGAAGUUAGUUAUUGA